AUGUACGGCUACGGCUACAACCCCUACACCUCGGGCCCGUCCUACUACGCCAACCCGUACAUCAACCCCUACGAAGCGGCUCUAGCCCAAGAACGCGCACGGCGCGCUCAGGAACAGCGUGAGGCGUACGCCCAGGCGCUUGCGCAGCAAGAACGCCAGCGCCGGGCCCGGGCCGCUGCCGCGAGGAGAAACCCGUACGGCCUUGGGUUCUAUGAUCCUGAGGAGGACGAGGACUAUGACUUUGGAUAUGCCGAGCCGGCGCUUAAGCGCCAGCGCGAACUGGACGACGCGGCGCGGUUGAAGGCGCUGUAUAACCGGGCUGCUCGAGGCGACGAGAUGGACGUCGACCCUACACCUGCGCCAGCGCCCAAGGCUGCUCCGAGGAGAAAGUCGCCCUCGCCUCAACGCGGGACGAGUAUUCCCAUUCGCGUUCAUUCGUCUGCGCCUAAAUCACCUUCGCCCAAGUCUGCACCCGCCCCGACACAACGUCAUCCCUCACCUGCGCGUCAACCCACACCUCCACCCGCACCCAUCCCCCAAAUAGAGCCAACUCAAGCAGCCCACACCGCCGCCGCACUCAUCCAGAAGACCUGGCGGCGCCACGCCGCGCUCCGCCAGCUCCAGUCGCUGAGGGCGAAGUUCGAGGAUUUGACGGAGAAGUUCGCUGCGCCGAGUGUGCUGGAGUAUACGUUGAAGGAUGCGAGGGGGAGCGAGGAUGGGUUGGAGGAGGUUGCGGAGGUCGAGACAAAUAGUCUGCCGUAUAAGGGGUGGGUGAGGCCUGAGAUGGCUGUGGAUGAGGCGAAGGAGGAGGAUGCGGAGAUGAAUGAGGAAGGCGCAGAGUCGCAGCCCGUUGACUCAACCUCCUCUGAGCCUCAACCUCAGCUCGACACCUCAACGGUCCCACCACUGGCCUAUACAUCCUCAACGCGCCCCAUCCUCGCGCAGAACGAAGCCCUCCUUCGCCUUCUCAACGCGUUAGACGCUGUCCCAUCAUGGGGCGACUCUGCCGUUCGCGAGGCGAGGAAGCAUCUCGCGAAGGAUGUUGAGGGCGAGGCGGCGCGGCUGGAGGCUUGGUGGAGGGCUGUGUGGAGGGAGAAUGGGAAGGGGGCUAAGGUGAAGAGGGUUAGGGCUUGA